GCUGUCCCAGGCUAACCCUGCUCGCUGAAGAUGGAGGAAGUCAGCACGGGAUCCCCCUUAGCCGCUCCAGCCCCAGCAGCAGCAGCAGCAGCAGCUCCAGCAGCAGCUCCCCUGCCUUAGUUUCCCCCCCUCCCUCCUCCCUCCCUCCCUCCUUCCCUCCCGGCCGCGGUGCCCAAACACACAUGAGUCUCAGAGAGACAGCCACAGCAGACCCUCACAAUAAGCACAAACAAAAGGGUGAUGGGAUUGUGGCACUGCAGGCACCGCUGAGCCCGGCAUGGUCAUCUCUUCCUAGAGGGCUUAGAAGAAGCUGAGAUCUCCAGACAGAGCUGGACAUGCACUGCACUUUGACUAUGGAAACAGAGGCAAUUGAUGGCUACAUAACAUGUGACAAUGAGCUUUCCCCAGAAAGGGAGCACUCCAACAUGGCCAUUGACCUCACCUCAAGCACACCCAAUGGACAGCAUACCUCACCAAGUCACAUGACAAGCACAAAUUCAGUAAAGCUAGAAAUGCAAAGUGAUGAGGAGUCUGACAGGAAACCCCGCAGCCGGGAAGAAGGGAUCAGAGGCCACGAUGAAGGAAGCAGCCUGGAAGAACCCCUCAUUGAGAGCAACGAGGUGGCAGACAACAGAAAGGUCCAGGAGCUUCAAGGAGAGGGAGGAAUCCGGCUUCCGAAUGGUAAACUGAAAUGUGACGUCUGUGGCAUGGUUUGCAUUGGGCCCAAUGUGCUUAUGGUACAUAAAAGGAGCCACACUGGAGAACGUCCCUUCCACUGUAACCAAUGUGGAGCUUCUUUCACACAGAAGGGAAACCUAUUGAGGCACAUAAAGUUGCACUCUGGGGAGAAGCCGUUCAAAUGUCCUUUCUGCAGCUAUGCUUGUCGGAGAAGAGACGCCCUCACAGGACACCUCAGGACACACUCUGUGGGCAAACCUCACAAGUGCAACUACUGCGGACGAAGCUACAAACAGCGCAGUUCACUGGAGGAGCACAAGGAACGUUGCCACAACUAUCUUCAGAAUGUCAGUUUGGAGGCUGCGGGACAGGCCAUGAGUCACCACGUACCUCCUAUGGAAGAUUGUAAGGAUCCAGAACCCGGGAUGGAUAAUGAUAUUUCUCUGGUGCCUUUUGAGAGACCUGCUGUUAUAGAGAAGCUGACGGGCAAUAUCGGAAAACGCAAAAGCUCCACCCCACAGAAGUUUGUGGGAGAGAAGCUCAUGAGAUUUGGCUACCCAGAUAUUCACUUUGAUAUGAACCUAACCUACGAGAAGGAGGCCGAGCUGAUGCAGUCUCAUAUGAUGGACCAAGCCAUCAACAAUGCAAUCACCUACCUUGGAGCUGAGGCGCUUCAUCCUCUGAUGCAGCAUACUCCGAGCACAAUCUCAGAGGUGGCCCCCGUCAUCAGCUCUGCGUAUUCUCAGGUCUAUCAUCCGAGCAGGAUAGAAAGGCCCAUCAGCCGGGAAACCUCAGAGAGUCAUGACAACAACAUGGACGGCCCCAUCUCCCUCAUCAGACCAAAGAGUCGACCCCAGGAAAGAGAGGCCUCCCCCAGCAAUAGCUGCCUAGAUUCGACUGACUCAGAAAGCAGCCACGAUGACCACCAGUCCUACCAAGGAAACCCUGCCUUAAAUCCCAAGAGGAAGCAGAGCCCUGCGUACGUGAAGGAGGAUGGCAAGGCAUUGGAUGCCACCAAGGCAUCUAAGGGCUCUCUGAAGGACAUCUACAAGGUCUUCAAUGGAGAAGGGGAGCAAAUCCGGGCCUUCAAGUGUGAGCACUGUCGAGUUCUUUUCCUAGACCACGUCAUGUAUACGAUCCACAUGGGUUGCCAUGGCUAUCGGGAUCCCCUCGAAUGCAACAUCUGCGGCUACAGAAGCCAGGACCGUUACGAGUUCUCAUCGCACAUCGUCCGAGGGGAACACACAUUCCACUAGGCCUUUGCAUCCGGAGGGGACCCGAAUGAAGGAGAAGGACUGCACAUGAAGAAAUUCUGCACUUACAAUCCCCCCCCUUCCCUCGGACAUUAACACAUGUUUUGGGCUUUUUUAUUGUUAUCGCUGUCGAUAAUUCUGAUCCUAAGGACCCAGGCUCGGUGGCUCUGCCGAAUUUGAGGAAGGAAAAGUGGAGGGAAGGGACAGGGCCAUCCGCGUUUCGCUUGGUUUGUGGAAGUCGAAGUGUGAGGUGCAUUACUUGCCUCAGCUGGCCCCUGUGUGGUGAGAAAAUCACCCCGCAUCUAAAGGAUGCCGCUCGGCCUCUCGAUUCCAGGAUUUUGAUUUGGGACAGGAAAGCAGAGCAUUUCAAAAUAGAACUUUUGUAUGACAUGAGUCAUUGAAAAGAGCAGGAGGAGUUUGGCUCACAGAGUAGAAGAAAAAUUGUUUUCAAAAUGUAAACGGUUUUCUGGUAACGAUCUGGGAGCACCAAUCAAACUUGAUGUUCUUCUCGAUGAUACUUCCUAGGGUGAGCUAUCAUCAUUGGCGGGGGGGGGGUCUCUGUUUACUUCCUCUCUGGAAUUUAUAAUACGUAUAACACUGUACCACAUAACAACACUUUCAUGUUACAAGUGGUUAGGACUGCUUACAGUACAUUUGAGGUCCUGUGAUCUUAUUUUUCUAAACCUAAGAAGCACCUUUUUAGAAUUACUGACUUGCUGUUAUACCAUAAUUUUGGUGACUUUGGCAUUUUGUAGACACCCUGGCAGCCUUAGUUUUAACAUGUUUUAUGAAUUGGUAAUUAUGAAUAACGUUUCUAUCCACUUUUCGAGAUAAUAAAUGGUCUAGGAGAGACUGAGGCAGUAGUUUUCUGGAGGGUUUCUGCUGCUUUUUUGUAAUGAUUUUUGUUCAUUUUUUUAAGUUCAUAUCUGCAGUUGUGCUAGAAACAAAGUAUGUUGUUUUUUAAUGGAAAAACAGUCUGUCUUCUUAUCAACAACAGUGUUAACCAGUCAGCAGUCAAACAGAGAAGGGCUGAUAUUUGGGAGAACACAUGAUGUCCUCUUCCAAGAUAGAUCUUGGCUUAGUGGUUCGGUGAAUCGGGGCCUGAACAAGGUUCUGAUGCGGCAGCAUUUCUUUUUCCACUGUCCCCUCGAAGACUUAGUAUAUCUCCUCCUACUCCCCCUCUCGGCGACUGGCAGCCCACGGUGUCUCUUCCCAGUUGAAGAGGGCCCAGGGGAAGUGGUUGAAUUGCGUGAGGGAGCACUGACCGCACCCCAACCCUUUGUGUCCCUGGUGCCAAGAUUGCCAUCCCCCGUCUUCAGAGGGCUAUGGUGCCCACACUGCUGGCGCAUGCCGGGGCCAACAAGAGAGAGUGCCGAGGGGUGCGGCAGCACAUGGAUCUCUAGAGACCGCUCCAAACCGCUGGUGCCAGCACCCACUGGGAGAUGGGCCUUGGUGGUCCGUGGAGCUGCCUGACCCUGGGCAGAACAACCCAAAUAGCUUGGAAUAUCACUCUGGUGCCUGGGCUGCGACCACAGAAUCCUGUACCCCAGUAAGAGCUGUUGCCCACAGAACCCCAUUUUGGGGACUGUGAACCCUGCAUGCCAUCUGUUCUUUGGCCACCUGCCCAGGCUUUUUUCCACGUUGAAAUGUACCAGCUUCAGCGUGAGAAAAAUGGCCACUGCUAUUGCUGCCUAGGCACUGGGAUAAAAUGGACCCAAGUAAAAACCCUAGUCAGUCGGGAAAUUGACUUGAUUGGUCUCCAAAAAAAACAAGUCAAACCCCUUCCUUCUGAACUCUAGUCAUCUCCCAAAGUGAAUGACAGUCCCAUCCCUCGAUUGGUGCAGAUCAUAGAUCAACAGAGAGCUCGUGCAGGUUUUAUUUUCAUUUUGAGGGUACUGUAUUUUUUUUCCUUUUAACUCAAGUGUCAGCAUCAUUAAACUGGGUGAUGAGGGGUACUGAUUAAAGUGUUUUCAGGAGGACAGUGGCAUGCUUUUCCGGGAAAACUCGCACUUUAUGUUUGAAGAAGAUGGAGAAGAUCACGGGCGGGUUGUCUGCUGACCGUUUCCGAGCCUAUAAGUGGUUCAUAGGCACAAUUAGAUGUCAAGCAGUCUGGAGACCUAUGUUUUUUGAAAUGGAAUAAGAAUGCUAAAGGCAAAGGACAAGUGGGCCUUGACUAAGGCUCAGAUACAGAAAGCUGGCCCCAACAUUUUUCUUUACUCCUCUUCUGUUUUCUCUUCUCCAUCUCUUUAAGUAUUUUUUUUAGUACUUAUUUCAAAGGGAGUUCAUAAGUCCAGACAAAAGUGUUUUCCUGUUUCUCCUUCCUUUAACCCAUCCAUUUUCUCUUCCCAGACCUCCCUCAGGGUUAGUCUCCUGGGAGUGCUUUAAAACUGUUCCUUAGAGUCCAAGAAUAUCCGAUAGGGCAGGGACGAGAAACAUGUCAGACAGACUGCCCGCCCGGGUCACGUUUUCUCUCUUCGUCACGGUACAUUGUGAACAUAAAUUUUAUUUAGCAGUAAGAGCUUCUUUGGAAAUUAUCCAUAAAAGAAAAAUAUUUUGUUCAGCAACUACUCUCCUUUUCCUUCAUUUUUCUCUUUUGCUUUUUUCAUUAAAGAUCAUUUCAAAGAGGACAAGGAUUCAAGGUCAGACGUGUUUCUACUGUCCAUUUGAAUAGGAGGAAAUAUGAUGGAAAACAACUAGGCAGUCUGCAGGGGAACUUAAUAAACGCUGACAAUACCUGAUGGCAUCAUUUGUGAUGCAUAAUCAGGUGACUCUGUUGAGCACCUACUGUGUGUAAAGCCAUGCCUUGAAGGCUGAGGGAAAUCCAUAGAAGAAGGAAAGUCUACCAACUUUAAUGGAUUGUGCUCUCCCAAGAGCUUAGUACAGUGCUCGGCACACAGUAAGCGCAGUAAAUACCAUUGAUUGAUUGACAGAGUCAUGCCCCUAAGGAGUUUAUGAACAGAUGGAGGCCCUUUCAAUCACACUUUCAGUCACACCUUAUGUCAGUGUCAUGAGAGUCACUCCAUAAAUCAAUAUGUGGUGACAUUCUCGGGAUCAAGAAGAAAUCAGGCUGCGAUUGAAAGGAAAUCAGGCAAUGGGCUUAAACAUGUAGUGAACUCUGUUGUUCUCUUCUAGUCCUCUGGAGUGGUGUGUGUGUGUGUAUGUGUAUGUGUGUGUAUAAUUAUCUGCAGGCAGGUGCAAGUAUUCUCUUUCACUAGUGAUUCUGGUAGCAGUAGAGGGUGGUGGAGUUGGAUUGAGGGAAGAGGCAACAGCAUUGGAAAAUGUGGACGGAACCCCUCUGAACAUUGUGUCAGAUUGGAAAACAAUUUGCUAAACUGUGUUCAGGUGUCACAGUUCCUCUGAAGUAAAUGCACAAUAAGCUGAUAUACGCAUUUACAUCAGAGGACUGAAACAAACAAAGAUAAACAAAUCUUUGAUAGGACCUUGACCAAAAUGGCCCCAACGAUGUAGAGUCUUCAGAAAUUUAUCUUUGUGUGUGAAAUUCUUGUUUCAGAAAUGUAUACUAAUUGACCUCAUCUCCCUUGGCCCCGAAUAUUGUCUCUAAUCUUCUUAACAGGAAAUACCCUCCUCGAUAUGUAUAUACAGUAGUGAGAAUCCGCUGUAGCCAAAGAACUACAGUAAUGUCACAAUGGGGCCAGUUGAUGGCUGCUUUGGUGUUUAUUAAUAAUAAUAAUGAUAAUAAUAAUAAUGAUGGUAUUUGUU